AUGGCAUCCGUGGCGAGCGCCGACGGCUUCGCGUGGGGAGCGGCGAGAACGCAUGCAGACUCGGGCGUUUCUGGAGAGGCGAGCGCGGCCCCGCCGUGCUUCCGAGGACACAUGCUGUGGCGGCGCUGUCUCAAGUGUCUCCGCAUCGACGCGGAUUCUCUCUGGGAGCGCCUGAGACUCUUGACGGACGAGAUUGUCGAGAACGGGCUGAGAGACUUGUCGGCCAAGAUCGCCGGGAAGCGCGUCGCGGGCGUCCAGGAUCCGUGCCUCGAAGUGCUUCACCACCCCGUCAUUCAGCGCAUCUGCACGGAGCGCGCGUACCUCGCAGAACUCGCUGUCUACCGGACGUGGCUAGAUCGCUAUCGAGUCUUGGAGCCUCCCGCUGUUUGCGAAUGUGGGUAUGAACGUGAAGGGACCGCUCCAGCUGCCGCGGCGCCUGAGGAUCCCAGCGCAUCUCCGCUUGCGGAGCUCAAUGCCGAACAAGCAGACGAAGCGCUGACAAGGCGACAGAAGAUUCAGGCGCUGGAGAGGGAACUGCGAGAGAGUGAAGAGGAAGAACAGAGACUUCAAGUCGAACUCGACCAGCUCUUGACGGAAAUUGUGGACGAGAACCGCGAGAACGUUCGCCUGCGCACGCGCCUUGCAUGCGCCGAGCAGAACGCGCAUGCAUCGGGGAAUUUCGGGAGCACCCGCGAUGACGCUGCCCAGGACGAGGCUGGCGAUUUUGCCGCGCUCAUCCAAGACGUCACGCGCCGAUGCGCCAAGCUGUCGAUGAUGGCCUCCUGCUUGGCGAACGCCGGUGCGCCGACCGAGGAGGCUGAGUCGUCUUCCUCUCCGUUUCCUUCUCGCCGUCUUCCUUUGUCGGACGGUGGGGCUUCGUCGCCUGCGCGUGCGCGCGGAGAGGAGGCCAUUCCACGCCCUCAAGAGCCGCGCAGAGCUUCUUGCUCCCUUCGCUCCCGGUCCCCUUCAGCUGUAGCUACACCGGGGCUGUCGGCGGGCAACCAGCGCGCCUCUGGCGGCGUCCAUGCAUUCGAGCGCGGCGCAGAAGCGGGUCGUCAAGCGCAGUCGGAGCGCCGGCGUCUCGCCUCGGAACUGGAGACGCCUUGGACCGAAGGGAGCAAGAAGCGACGGCGGGAGGAUCGCGCAAAUCAGCAAGAGGACACGCGCGACGGAGAGGCCGGUUUCGAAAGAGAGAUUGCGCUCCGCCAGGAAAGGCGGAACCUCUCGAUGGCGCUGACGGCAGAUCGCCGAGCAGUGACGCCUCCGCGAGUGGAGUUGCACGCGUCGCGGCGCGACGCCCAGCGACAGAGCUCGCAGCUGUCGGGGCGGAGAUACGGAAGUGGAGAGAGGGAGAGCGCGCGGUCUUCUCUCAGAGGCGGCUCUUCGUGGAAAGAGCGUGAACGUUUCGGAGACAGCGGGGGCGUAAACCCUUCCGAAGAAGGUGUCUUCGCAGUCCUCGGCGGCAGUCUCCCGGAGGCGCGGGACGCACUUCCUUCUCGGAUUCGCAGUUUGCUUUCAAAGCGGAGAGACGAGGACGAGGUCAGCAGCGAGGAGUUCCUCUCCAUUGGAGCUGACGAGUCGCCGCUCCUCACGGGUCGCCGGCUGCUCGCGCCGCGGGACGAUGUUUGGGAGGAAGAGGGCGUCGGCCUCAAUCACCUCCGGUCGCUCCGUUCGUCUCUUCUCGGAGAUGCGACUAGCAAAGGCCACAAGGACGACGGCGAAGCGAAUCGGCGAGAGGGGAGGUUCUGGGCGACACGGGACGAAGAGCGGAGCCCGACUCCUGUGAGGGGAGUCUCCGCGGAGCAUUCCGCUUCGCGGCAGGCUGACGAACAGAACACAACGCGUGAAGAAGAGACGAGUUCCUGGCAGGUUCGCAGAGAGGAGAACGUGGGGUCCACUGUGGCGCACCGACUCAGUGAAGGAUUUCUCUCGACGGAGAGACAGGCGUCCAGAAGGCUCAACCGGAGACAGCCCGGGUCGCCGGCGGCGGCUGCCAGCGAGGCGGCUUGGGCGGAUCUGUGCCUCGAAACGGCGACGUAG